AUGUCGAAUCGCUUCAGGCAUGAAUACGCCAUAGGUUGGGGACACAGGGCAAGUGAAGCAAUAGGCACCAGUCCGAACAUGAUUUGGAUACUAGCAGUGUUACUGAGUCUUGCAGCUGCAGAUACACAGAACAACGAUGGGAGUUGUAAUCAAAAGCCCCACAAUCAAUAUGAUUACAUUAUAGUCGGCGCUGGAACUGCCGGAUGUGUGUUGGCAAACCGUCUGUCUGAACAUCCAUUCCACAAGGUGUUGCUGAUAGAGGCGGGUGGGUCGGACAGGGAACGCCCGGAGACGACGUUAAUAGACACUCCCGCAUUAGUGUCGGACCUAUGGAACUCCAGUGUCUCAUGGCAGUAUAUGAGUGAACCACAGUCUAGUGCUGGAUUCGGACUGGUUGAUAAUAGACUGAGUCUACCCCAGGGGAAGGUAGUGGGCGGUACGAUGGCUAUAAAUACAAUGGUCUAUCAGAGAGGGAGUCCGGAGAUUUACAAUCAAUGGGCGAAAAAAGGUGCCCGUGGGUGGAGUUACAAUGAAAUUAAGCAGUAUUUUGAUAGGAUGGAGGAUGUAAGACUAAAUGACCCCUACAGCAAAGUAAAACGAGGAAGCUGUGGUCCAGUGAGAGUUUCCCAGAACAAAAUAUCAAUCUUUCGAGACCUGUUUGGAAAUGCAUCGUUAGCACUUGGAUACAAACGGAUGUCUUGCAAUGAAGGUGUCGAUGAAGGAUAUUGUCCUCUACAAUUUAACACGAAGUCUGGAGAGAGAUGGAACACAGCUAAAUCGUAUUUAGCUCCAGUGUUGGGCCGUAAAAAUCUAGAUCUUCUCACCGAUACGACAGUAGUAAAGAUAUUGCUAUAUCAGGGCACUGCUGUUGGGGUAGAGUUUAGAACCGAGGAAGGAAAGACAAAACGUGUAUUUACAAGGAAAGAGGUGAUCAUCAGCGCCGGUGUUUACAACACUCCAAAAUUACUGAUGCUGUCAGGUAUUGGGCCACGGGAACAUUUAAAACAAUUACAGAUCCCUGUGAUGUCCAAUGUUCCGGUAGGAUUAGACCUGAAGGAACUUCCCGUCGUUCCUUUACGGAUUUUUAUGGAUAUUCCGUCAUUCAGACCUGAAUUAUUAGUCGAGCCAAAGCAUACCCUAGCCUACAUAACCAACAGAACCGGUUUGCUUUCUGAACUCUCCAGUAUGGAAGGCAUGCUAUUGGCCAAGACGUCACUUGAUACCCCAGAUUGGCCCGACAUUAACCUCUACUUUAUAAGUACCUUGUUUGACCGUCUUCCUGAAGUUUUCCAUAACUGGAACAUAAAACCAGAGUAUGUUAACACAUGGUUUCGAAAGGGUCUCGCACAUGAAGGUGUACAGAUUGUACCACAGCUGAUACACCCUUACAGUCGGGGCACAGUGACACUAAGAAGUGAUGAUCCUAUGGACCCGCCCCUGAUCGACCCAGCUUUCCUUACAGACAUUCGGGACGUUAAGGAGUUGAUAAAAGCUAUUCGACUCAUAAAAGAACUUAUAAGCACCGACUAUCUUCACCACGCUGGAGCUUCAAUGGAUGCACCUUUUCCCGAAUGCAAUCAAUUUACGUACGAUACGGAUGACUACUGGGAAUGCUACAUCCGGUUCUUUGCCAUCCCUAACUUCCAUGGUACAGGGACUGUCAAAAUGGGAGCUGUGAAAGACAAUUCAGCUGUCCUUGACCCAGACCUCAGGGUCAAGGGCAUUCAUGGUCUCAGAGUGGUUGGCUCUGCCGCUAUACCUGAACCAACUGAGGACCAAACUGCUGCUGUUAUCAUGAUGGCCGAGAGAGCUUCCAGCCUUAUAAAGUUGGCUGCAGGGGUUCCAAUGGGAGAUAUUCCUAUGAUGCCAAAUGGGGGACCCCUUGGCCCAAGACAUCCAUCUGGGCCACCAAAUCAGCAGCAGCGUCCACAUAACUCACCAAUGAAUAACGGACCUUUGGGUAUCCAGCCUCAGGGAUUACUUUCCAAUCCGAGAACACAAUUCCCUGGACCUCUGGAUUUACAAUCGGGACAAUCCAGUACACUUGCCAGUUCUUCUAAUCCUCCAUCAUCCAUAAGUCACAACUCACUACAUGAGCCACUGGGACCUCAAAUGCGUUAA